UUAUCCUUGGUUUUUAAUCGCACUGGAAGUACCUAGGGAUAGCGGUGUACAAGGUCUAGAGCUCCUGAGACCUUCUCCCGUACGGGGAGGGCCUAUGCUACUGCAGGCACUGGCUGCUUCGGCGUGGCUCUGUGCGGUAGUGUCUCAGUCCUCCUCCCCUCCUCCUUCGGCAUCUGCUCUGCAUUAGUCUGUCCCAGGCCUCCGCAGGCGCCGAUGAUUGAAUCAUCAUCAUUAACUAGGGUCUGCCCCCCCCCCCAAGCCCCGGCGGCAGGGGAGGAUGGGAGGGGGGGCCGAAUAAGAUCACUACCAAGUCCCUGGGGGUCCCUCCCUCCCCGCCACCCUCUCCGAGACUCCGCAAAGCCCCGAGAAACUCCCGCCGCGGAGCCGGGAGGCGGCCUGCCAUCUGGAUGAAGCUCCGUAUCGCGAACGCGUCAGCCGACGAGGGCGACAUUGCGAGGAAAGGACCCGGGAGGGGCUUCUUCAGCGGGGUCGUGGUCACAGGAGAUCGACGACCCAGAGUCGCAGCGGGCGGAGACCGCUGGGCCCUUCGGGGUAGAAGGGGGCCGUCUUUCGCAGGCGCCAAAAGUUAGUCCUGCGGUAGGGUAGGGUCUAUUGUGAUGAUUACUACUAGACGUCAAGGAGAUAGGACACUCUCUCCGCAACCCCCCCUCCCUAAUUACGGAUUGAGGAGGGGGAGGGGCCAGUGGGACUCAGGUGAGCACACGGGGAGAAAGGGACGUGGGCGGGGCCUGACAAAGGGUCAGCGAAUCCGAAAAGACCUAAGCCCUCGUUACUGGGCGACAAGUCCCGCCCCGCAGGCGGCACCGGAAGUGGCAGGCCGGGAUCAGCCUUUAAGAUGGCGUCUCCUCAGGGGGGCCAGAUUGCGAUCGCGAUGAGGCUUCGGAACCAGCUCCAGUCAGUGUACAAGAUGGACCCACUACGGAACGAGGAGGAGGUCCGAGUAAAGAUCAAAGACCUGAAUGAGCACAUCGUCUGCUGCCUGUGCGCUGGCUACUUCGUGGAUGCUACCACCAUCACAGAGUGUCUUCAUACUUUCUGCAAGAGUUGUAUUGUGAAGUACCUCCAAACCAGUAAGUACUGCCCCAUGUGCAACAUCAAGAUCCACGAGACACAGCCACUGCUCAACCUCAAACUAGACCGGGUCAUGCAGGAUAUCGUGUACAAGCUAGUGCCUGGCUUACAAGACAGUGAAGAGAAACGGAUUCGAGAAUUCUACCAGUCCCGAGGCUUGGACCGGGUCACCCAACCCAGUGGGGAAGAGCCAGCCCUGAGCAACCUCGGCCUCCCUUUCAGCAGCUUCGACCACUCUAAAGCCCACUACUACCGCUAUGAUGAGCAGCUGAGCCUGUGCCUGGAGCGGCUGAGUUCUGGCAAAGACAAGAAUAAAAGCAUCCUGCAGAACAAAUAUGUCCGAUGUUCUGUUAGAGCCGAAGUUCGUCAUCUCCGGAGGGUCCUAUGUCACCGCUUAAUGCUAAAUCCCCAGCAUGUACAGCUCCUUUUUGACAAUGAAGUUCUCCCAGAUCACAUGACCAUGAAGCAGAUAUGGCUCUCCCGCUGGUUCGGCAAGAAAUCCUCUGAGUUUCAUCAUGAAGGAGGGCCUCUCUAUGUCCGUGGUCCCUCAGUGAAUUGCCAAAGGAGAGGGGUAGAGGACCCUACACAUGUAAAACUCAGAAGGCUCCACUUGCCCCAGAGAACAGGCACAGAGGCUCACUACAUGAAUGGUGGGAGGUGCAGAGAUCUACCGAGGGCCUCUGAGCCUUGUGGACCUGUCUGGGUCCAGAGAGCAGGAGGAGUCCACUCACCUGCCUUUGCUUCCACAUCGCAACCUCAUUACCCCGGGGUUGCAGACGCUCUGCCAGGCCAGGUCCUUCCAAGUCUCGAGUUCCCCCAGCCCCCUCGCGCCGCGCUAAUAACUUCCAGCCGCCGGGACCUCUUUAAGAGCGUUCCGCAGGGGUGGGGGGGGACGCGGGGGCUAGGUCGGGAGACUGAGGUCCUUCCUAGGAGGGAUCGGAGAUCCUAGAACAGUCAGCUCCGAUUCUCCCUCCUUGGGAUUUUGCAAAUCCCCAUCCGCUGGGGCCAGGGGAAGCAAUUUUAUUGCCGGCUAGUUAUGAGCCAGAGCAGCGGCUUGACGGGGAGUCGGUGGCACACAGAACCUCGGGGGCCGUCCAGGAAGAGUCCAGCCAGGAUGUGCACCGGAGCAGGUCGGCAGCCCGCUACAGCAGGUUGUUUCGGGACUCUCCGAGCCUCCC